GGAGCGGAAGCAGCAAGUCGGCAAGUCAGCGCGCGUCGCCGACGUCAACGCGAUUAGGCGUAAACAACAUGGCCGCCCCAAUGCGUUGGUUAUUGCAGCGUCGGUAACGUGGCUUCGAUGCACGGGAAUAAUUCUAUGCGAGCCCUUUAACGCGGUGACAGCGAAGCGGUGUGUCCACCUGUAUCGUGCUCGGUCGCGAAGCGCACGCGAUGGGACUCCGAGAGCUGGGGUUCCGCGCGCGCGGCCGUACGUAAAGCGUGCGGAAGUGGCAACGGGUGAUAGGUCGUCGCAGACAGACCUCAACGCUGCUUUGAGCGCGUGGACGAACCCCCGGGCUGGACACAAUCGGCUUAGAAACGGACGUCGCCGACUACAGCGUCAUGGACAGGCCGCCGGGGCAGCCGCGACAAAUUGAGACCCUGGUAUUUUUGGACUUUGAGACAACCGGCCUACCAGAGUAUAUGCCACGGCGCAAGGUGAACGUGACUGAGCUGUCGCUGGUUGCUGUGCCACGGAAGCUUCUGCAGGUUCCACUGCGCUGCCUGCAUAAACUCACUCUUUGCGUGCAGCCACAGAGUGCCGUUACGGUGGAGGCUGCUCAAAUCAGCGGUCUGGACAACUGGGAGCUGCAGUGGUGUCCAUCCUUUGGGGAAGCAGCCCAGGUUUUGGAGAAGUUCUUGUACACCCUGCAACCGCCCAUCUGUCUUGUGGCGCACAAUGGCGACAAGUUUGACUUUCCGCUGCUGCGAGCCGAGCUGAAGCACGCCUCUCCCGGCAUUGACCUGACGGCUUUCUUCUGCUGUGACUCCCUGCCAGCAUUCCGCGAGAUUUUGGGUGAUGCUGCCGACCUUCAGGAGGUGACUGAGGUGACGGCACUGGGUAAGCUUGGUAAGGAUUUUUGGGAAGCCUUCGAAGCUGCAGAUGUUAUGUCUGUGAAUGACAGUGACGAGGAGCUACUGUCCCAGCCUGCGAAGAGGCCAACGGAGUGGACACCACAGAAUAAAGGUUCAGCAUCUCAUGGCGUCCCACCUCUGGCAAAAAAAAGACGUGAAGAGACUGGACAGUGCUUUCACCAAUCAGUGGUGCGGAGACUUGAUUUUCCAGAUGCUGCUCCUGCAAAUGGCAGUAAUGCCCAAUCAACGUCGGCAAUAAACAGGGCAUUUGUGAAUGGAAACAAAGCUGCUUCCUCAAAGCUACACAAAGAAAGCAAUGGCCUGGCCUCGUAUGGCGCUGCACCGACAGUGCCAAGCACUAAUGGCAGUUUCCAUUCGGCAAAGAGUAAGAGAAAAGUGAGGUUCAGCCUUGGAAGUGUUUAUGAGCGUGUUGUGGGAACAAAGAUGCCCUCAGCGCACGAAGCAGAGGCUGACAGCCGAGCACUCGCCGAGAUUUGUGCCCGAUUGGGCAGCCAAUUCCUGGAGUAUGUGGAUGCAAAGCACCACAUGCUCCAGAAUGUGGCUCCUAUGUGGGAGUAGGAAGGUGGUGGGUUCCAUCCUCUUGGCUGUGCUGUUACAUGUGUGUGCUCCAACCAAAUGUGCUGUGUUUCGAUAGGUAUACGGGGUUGAAGCAAUCAAUUUUUGCUCUGCAGGAGCUUGGUGGGUUAUGAAGAAUAAGUUUGAUACAUUCUGAAAAGGCAUUUGUUGCGAAAAUUCUACAGGCGUGAAUUUACUCGGGGGGGGGGAGCAACUAAGUUUCAUGGUGUCGAUCUUGAGUUGUGUGAACAGUUUUUUUUUAACCUGGUGCUAAAUCAAAUUUUGGCACUUAAAUGCACAUUGCUGUACGAACACCUAGGGCAGUAUAUAUAGUAAUAUUACUAUUUAUUUAUUUAGACAGAACCUAGUGCCAGAGUUGAAACCAGUCAUUGAGGCUGCACAGAAAGACAUCAUCAUAAUCUAUAGCAUUGUUUUAUGUGUGCAUUGAAGGAAGAUGUUUUUUAAAGGUGCCUGUAGCUACGUGGAGCAUGAAAAUUUGUUACGUAAUAUUUAGCCAGAAGAAUUGUGGAAUAUCUGAAGUGUUGAGCUUCAGCAUUUUAGAAUGAUUGAGCAAAGCAGUCAGUUCAUCUGAGGGGUGCGAGCCCAUAUGAGCGCUUACAAAAACGAGUGUUCUUUCCUGUCUUUUUUUCUCUUUUCUAUCUCUUGUCAUGUGCCACAAGCCUCCUUCACUUCUUGUCAUGACAUGGCAAGUUCCUGUAAACAAAGUUAAGUCAUCUUGUUUCCCACAAACAAGUCUUACAUGCAAUAAAUAACUACGGGAGUUAUGCUGCUCAGAAAGCACGCAAAUGCAUCAACUCAACAUGUAGAGUCAUCAUCUUCAUCAAAGGCAAAAGUAAAUACUGCGAGUGGUUGCCGGUUGUAUUAUUUCCUUCAAGAACAAUACAGUACGUCAUGAGCAUCUGCUAGUUGCAGAUAUUAGAACUUGCAUCAGUGCUGGAAAACGCACAACCUUUUCUGCUUGUUGAGUUUAUUUUUCCAUAACAUUAAUGCCUGCUACUAUACUAUAAAAAAAGGUACAUGUAACAUUGAGAUUUAUUACGUUGCUGUAAAUUCAGUGGCCGCAUCCAGAGCAGGGACUAGUGGGAUGUCACAGAAACACAUAUGAUGUGACUGCAAGCCAGCCUCAAGCUGUUCAAGCAGUGAAGGGAAAUGGUGGUAUCAGAGAGAGUGUGUACUCUUUUUUAUUAUAUAGGCUUCCCCAUAUGCACAGUGAUGAAAUAAUUUGCACAAAUUAUUAUGAACAUGUUUUACAUGCCAUGUGCCUGUGCAUUGGCAAUGUUGAAACUUGUUAAGCCUCGUAAAUGCAAUGAUAAGGAGCUAUAGUACUUGCAAUUUAUAGUCAAGUAACGACUAUACAUAAGCCAACAUGUAAUGAGAGCCUCAUAUGGUUGUUACUUGGCUUCAAAUGAAAAGGUACCCCUUGGUUGCCCUUAUUCUUCUCGCUCUUUUCAAAUUUAUGGGCACGAUGAAAGAUCAGCAACAACCAUGAUUUUUUUUUGUCGGAAUAUAAACUCGGACCAGCCCUCCAAUUGUAAUACAAAUGCCUUCAAAAACACAAUAUACUAGCUAUCAUCCAGUCUACACUGCUGAAAUAAUUGCCACAGAGCCACAAUGCAUCUAGCUGCAUUUAAAAGGCCAUUCAAUGGGAUGCUGGAUGUCACCCCUUCGAUGCAUCUUUGCCGCUGGUCUCCCUACCAGCUUCUGCAUACUUGGGUGGCACUACUUGGCACUUCUGCAUGCCACAGGCAGUCCCGCAGUCCCCAGUGAAUAUAAUGAUCUCGUUGGUACAACGAGCACACCUACGAGAUUGGAGAUCAUUUGCGAUGCCUUCCUUCCACAGGCUCUUGCUCGGCUUUCGCUUGCAUCAAUUGUACUCCACCUCUUGCACAAUGGAAAAUCUUAUCCUUUGUAGCUCACAGUGUCUGACUGCAUUGCAGACGAUAGCUUGAGUGACAAUCAUUUUGCUUUAGGACAAUUUGGUUUCCAAUUUUAUCACCUGCUGUUAGAGGGGUACUGAGAUUACAUUUUUUGAAUGUUUUCUUUUACUUUUUUUUUGUUAGAUGAAGGUGCAAACACUUUAAAGCUUACGAAAAAUAUUGGCAAGCGUGGGAGCACCCUAAUUUACUACAAUAAAUGUUGCUUAUCGAAACCGAAUCCCGUUUUAGUACUGAGGAGGUCAAUACACCAUGAUGCGACAAUACAGUGGCUGUCUCCAUUCCUGCGAUUGCUGCAGCUGCCACGAGCGAGCGCAGCCAGAAAAAUCCACAGUACUCUAGUUCAAUAUUAUGUUUUUUAAUGAGCAUCACCAUCAUAACUAGCCUUAUUGCUACGUGAGAAAUCUUGACUUCACGAUAUUGUCGAUGACGCCAAGUCUGGCAUCUCGAGACUUUAGUAUCAGAUUAAAAUAUUGUACAGGUCUUCCCCAACCUUAAUAUUUGCGAAGUGUGGUACUUUCAUACAUGUAAGAAGCGUCUAUAGUCUGAUGUAACAAUAAGUCAUACUGAAGAUUUCUUGUGAUCGUAGCGAACAGCAGUUUAGUUUGAGCACAGCAGCAUCUUGCUUGCUGAAAAAAUUUUCAGCGCCCCGAUGUUGUAAAGAAUGAACCGCAGCAUUGGAGGCAUUAUCAGCUGUAUCACAUGUUGACACAGCAGGUUCUUGUGACUCAUGAGCAGUGUUUGUACAUACAUCUAAAAAUUGAAAAAUAUCUGUCAGUACUUCUUUGAAAUUUAGUCACUUAUGCAGGCAAUACAUUGCAUUGCCUACGAGCCAAGACUAAAGGAGAAAGUUGUCUCCUGACUGGGUCUUGCAGGGCAAAACAGCAGCAGUGACUCUCAAGGCACAAAAAAACUUAAACAGUGCAUGCCACUAACUCGUGUGCAGACUGUCUUGAGCUUGCAGAAAAUUGUUAAUGUUUUGCCCAGUAAAACUCGUGCUCUGUUAAUGAGAAUGCGUAAGCAGCUGUGUAUACGAUACUGAAAUCACAGUGCCUGCAGUUUACAUCUAUGCUCUGGAUAGUGAAGGUGCUUGUAAUUUCUUUGCUCCUGCUCCCUGAACAGCAGUAAGGCAAGCACUCACCGUCAUGCUUCAGAAAUUUUUCACAUAAUAAUGGUAAUGCACAAGUGGUAUGAAACAGUGACAUGAUUUUAGGCUUAAUGAAUUUUGUGUAACCUUUACUGGCUUUUGCCUCAUUUCGUGUGCAAUGCUUUUUGCUUCCCCAUUUGAUUUGUGCUCAUCCAUGUGCUGUAAAUACUGUUUGGCAUGUUAUUAUUGUUUAUUUUUCUGUUUUUGAAGUUACCUGUGCACUGCAAAUGCUUUCGUGCACAUUUCUUUUUGUAAAUUCUUAAAGUUAGCUUAGCUCUUUAAUGCCAUUUAUGGCUUUUUUGGCCAUUGUUUUUAUUAUGUACUAGUUGGCAAAGCUCUCGUAUGAUUGUUCACUUUAUUGCGCACAAUUUGUUGGCAGUACAGUGGGCAUUAAGGAAUAUACUCAUACUUGUUUGAUUUUGGCAGAUAGAUCUUUUAGUCUUUAUGACAUAGUCAGAAAUAAACAAAUAUUUUUUACAUAUAUUUUUGUGGAAUGGUGACAAAUGUGGAACAGCCGAAUUUUAUUGCUGAUCACAGAUUAGUGGAAGUUUAGUAAAUAAAUUUGCAGUCAUUGGAUUGAAUGAUUUAAUUUUUUGCAAGCGGAAAUAGCGGUCGAAAACUUUCUGCCAUUGUGUGUUGUUCUACUGACUUGCAAUGCAUUGCUGUAAGCCUUUGUGACAUUAAAAAAUUCACCUCUUACAA